CUUUGCAAUGAGCAAAACACCAUAAUAAACUUGUGGCAUGUCAUAAAAUUGUGAUGCACACAUGAAAGCGUGGUGCAAAACAACUGCAGGCAGGGAGCAUAAUAGUAGAUAAUGGGAGGCUUGUUUUGGGGUGUCUCGUGGAAACGCGUUUCAGAGUAUAAAAGCAUUACAUGUAUUAGCCUGUAAAUUAUAAAUCAUUUAGCGCCAUUGCUGGUCGUUCACUGAAAGAAAGUAACGUAUUUAGACUGUUUUCCUGCUGCUGACUUUAAUCAAAGCGCAUCCGAGUAACUCCGACUCUCAGUUUAGGAGGAGUUUGCGACUCCUGUUGCUCUGUGAGACUUUUACCAAAACGCCUUACACACGUAGAGAUCGGGCCGAGCGGCAGAUCAACAGUUCCCGGGGACCUGCUGUGGGUUUUCUGUCGCGCAAAGUUCAGUCUUGUGUCCAAGCGAACUCGUUCUGGGAAAUGAGCCAAACCAGCCGACAGUUAUCUUGCAGCUCCGUAUGGCCCGGGGUUAAGAAAAUAAAGGCAGGCGACCCAGUGAGCGCCAUCAGCCUAACGCAUACAACUGAAGGAUGUCCAGUCGGUUUCGCCCACAGUCGCGCAGGAAACGGUAGGCUUGAAGAAUCCGGUAAUUGUGCCAGGAGCUGCUGCUCUGGGUGCGUUAAUCCGCCAGUCCGUGACAUGGAGGCGCGCUGCUGCCAGACAGCUGCUGCUCCACAGGAGGAGUUGUUAAACGCUGACAGCCGCUCCUUUUCUGCGUGCGCCACAAUCUCAGAGACAGCCAGAGAGCUGUGCAGAGCAGUGUCCGUGUCUUUGGGUCUCACCAUGGAGUCCAGUGACAUGAGCGACGUGGACGCAGCAAUUCCCCUAUGUGGGGCAAAUGACCAAAUCAGCAGAGAGUAUUUCUACGGGGUAGACGCCGCGGCUCUGAGCUGCCCUGAAGCCCAGACCCAGAUCACUUACAGGUGUCCCGGCCGGAAUGAGCGGCCGGUGCACGGGCAGAAGCCAGCCGUGAAGAUGUUUAAAAGUUCAGAGACGCCGGCGCAUUUUCAUCACCUCACCUCCAGCCGGACGUCUGUGAACGCGCAAAACUUCACACCUGAGCCUGGCGACACAGAUCACCUAAAUGCAGCCCGCGCCGUUUCCUGCCCUUACGCCCCAGACCACUUAGCGCAGUUCCGAGAGGCCACCGACUGGUCCUGCCGGGCAGCUUACAACCCCCAGGAGGGAGCGCGGGACUUCGGGGAUGCCCAGGAGAGCGACUCCGGCGGAUAUCAGCCGGAGCACAGCGUCAAAAUCAAGUCCGAGGGAAGCGAAGGUUGGGGGUCGUUCUGGGGCGGCGGUUACGCCUUUAACAAGAGGUACAACACGCAGUUUUGGGGGUCCAGGCAGUGCAUGAACGCACACGAGUCUGAGACGAUAUGUAAUCCAUACGAGGGGAGCGUGGUGCGUCCCGAGCAGUGGUACUCUGGCGGGAUGCUGAGGACCCCCUAUCCCAACUCCGGCGAAAUGAAGACUCAGGUCGGAGAGUGGCUGGAUGUUGUCUAUAACGACACCAGGUUUGAGGCCGGCAGAGAGCACAUGUUCCCUGUGGAGUUCUUCUUCCCUCCUCAGAGGACGUGCCUGAUUUGCUCAGAUGAGGCAUCUGGGUGCCAUUAUGGAGCGCUCACAUGUGGCAGCUGCAAGGUUUUCUUUAAAAGAGCUGCAGAAGGUAAGCAGAAAUACCUGUGUGCAAGCAAAAACGAUUGCACCAUUGACAAGCUAAGAAGAAAGAACUGCCCCUCUUGUCGGCUGAAGAAGUGCUUUGAAGCUGGGAUGACUCUUGGAGCACGCAAACUAAAGAAGAUUGGGCAACAGAAGAACCCCGAAGAACAUCCUGUACAGGAAGCCGCAGAAGUACCCCGCAACAUGUCUCCUAAAUCAGGCCUGAACUUGAACUCCCAGAUGGUCUUCCUGAACAUCCUGGAAUCCAUUGAGCCUGAGGUGGUGAAUGCUGGACACGACUGUGGCCAACCAGACUCAGCUGCCGGCUUGCUCACCAGCCUGAAUGAACUGGGAGAGAGACAACUGGUCAAAGUGGUCAAGUGGGCUAAAGGAUUACCAGGUUUCAGAAAUCUCCAUGUUGACGACCAGAUGACUGUCAUCCAGCAGUCGUGGAUGGGGGUGAUGGUGUUUGCCCUGGUAUGGCGGUCUUACAAGAACGUCAAUGGCAGGAUGCUUUACUUUGCACCGGACCUCGUUUUUAAUGAACAUCGGAUGCAGAUCUCCACCAUGUAUGAGCAUUGCAUGCGGAUGAGACAUCUAUCCCAGGAGUUUGUGCUCCUGCAGAUCACGCAGGAGGAGUUUCUCUGUAUGAAAGCAUUGCUCCUCUUCAGUAUCAUUCCAGUAGAAGGCUUGAAAAGUCAGAAAUACUUUGACGAGUUGCGCCUCACCUACAUCAACGAACUGGAUCGCCUCAUCAAUUACCAGAUGACCACAAACUGUCCUCAGAGGUUCUACCAGCUGACACGACUCCUGGACUCUCUCCAGAUGACCGUAAAGAAGCUCCAUCAGUUUACGUUUGACCUGUUUGUUCAGGCUCAGUCUCUUCACACGAAGGUCAGCUUCCCCGAGAUGAUCGGGGAGAUCAUCUCAGUGCAUGUUCCAAAGAUCCUCGCAGGUUUGGCCAAACCCAUCUUGUUCCACAAUUAGAAGGAUGUGUUUUCUUCACAAAAAAAUCAAUUAAAUGCUGCCUUCAUGAACUUUGACAAAGGGUGUGAACUGUUUCCCCACAUCUUUGGUCUGAUUGCUAUCAGGCGUGUCCUGUUAACACUGUUUAAUUGCUCAAGUCUCUCUUUUUCUCAUUUUAUAUAUAAUUAGGAUGUUUUAUUCAGAACUAGUCAGGCUAUUAUCUUGAGAGCUGCAAGACCUCAUCUGCUGACAUCGCACCAGUUCCUGGGUAGAGAGUGUCUUCUAUAGAUGGAGAAAAGAUGCUGUUUCAGAUGCUUGGCUUUCAAUUAAGAUUAGUCACAAGGUUAACAAACACACAGCAACACUGAGAUUUACGUAUGACCAGGAUUAGAAAUGUAAUCCUAUAAUCAAAAAAAGAUAAAUGGUUAUUGAAUCAUAAAAGCAUAAAUCCCAGAUAAAGAUGUGUAAAUACCUUUAAAUAAAAUCAUAUUUUGUUGCAGCAGCAUAAUCUCACACUAAACAAUUUUGAGAAAUCUAACCUUUAAUCUAGUAAUAUUACAUGAUGAGGAAUAAAAUGCCUCACCUGGCUCCACUGCGGUUUAUACCUUGAAAAACCCUCUUUUGCCAAUCGAAGACUCAUUUAGGUGUUUAUUUGGUCAUAUCAUUUUUUAUUUGAGAUGUUUUGAUAUUUAAAGUUUAUGAUUACAAUGCCCAUAACACCACAGAUUCUCCACUAGCAUUAGGUGCUUUUCCACAUAUAGAAUAUUUUUUGCCUAUCUUGGCCCAGUUAAAGUCCUGAUAGAUAUUACUACCAAUUUCACAUGUGUUUUUCUCAGUUCCAGUUAAACAUACUGUUUGAUCUUAGUGGUGAUGUGGGCAAGUUUACUAGCCAUUUCAUGACCUAUGAAAAUCAACACACAUCUGCAACAAGUUAGUGGUAUUUCUUGUCUUUUCCAUUUUGAAGACAUGCUAAGAGGAAUAGGAUGGGCCUCUGAAUAAAUGUACUUAUAUUAUAGGAUGGAUUUUUCAAAAUUUUUAUGUUUAAGAUUAUGCUGCUGGAAAACAAGCUAAAGUCUUUACCAGGAGUAUCAAUCAGUGUGGAGGGUGUUGCAUGUGGGCUUUGCAAUAAAAAAAUAUGCGCCAUUCUGAAAGUAACUCAUAAACUCAUAAAUGUAGUGUCAUAUGAUUGGGUCAUCUUCCCUGGAGGAUAACAUGGCUCUAAAACAGAAUGGUACUAAUUAUUUUCUACAGUGUAGUCAAGACAGCUAUAGCUAUAAAACACUAAUUUAAUGAUUUGUAAACAAAAGCCUAAUUGAUGCAUUUUGUGAGUUGGUAAAAAUUAUGGUUAUUUCCUUGAUUAAAGUACAAAGCAGAUAAAAAUAAAAUUAUCCUGUAACAGUGCAUAUUACUGGUUUGAAAAUGUAGUUAUAUAAUUGUUAAUAUUUUCUUAUUUUUAUGAGUAAUAGUCCAACUUCUGACAUCAGUCAGUAAAGUGUUGGAUCAUUGUUCUUAAGCCAGGUAAAUAAGAGCAGAUUACAAACAGAUUCAGCAACCAUUUUUCUUUUUAUCCACUUAUAAGUAGUUUUUACCCCAACAAGAACGUUAAAAUUAUACUGUUUUUUACAGUUAUUCUUAAAUUGACUUUGAUCGUCUGAAAAAACUCAACAAAAAGUGUUGCAAAAGCUCUGAAAAAAAACAAAACAGUUUUUCAUGUUUUUGACUAGUGUUUUUUUUUCCAACCUCUUAAGUAGGGUUCAACAAAAUAAAAAACAUAUGUAUGACAUCCUGUGGGAACCUAAUUUGUUAAAAAACACAUUUGAUGUGUUCAAAUAUUCAAAGUAGCAUCCUUGAGGUUGGUGAAAUGGGUCCCAUUUAUAAAAAGCUGGUGUGGAUUUGGGUGCAGAAAUGAUUGAAGGACCCUGUGGGAUUUAGGAAACUGUGUGUACGAUUGGCCAACCCCAGAGUACCAACAGUCGGGUGUUUAUUGUGGUUUCAUCUAAUUAUCUCUAAAAGGGCAAACUCUUCAACAACCUGGAUUUACAGACCACAGCCCAGUUUAUUCAUAGCUUCAGUGGCCUCCACCACAGAAUUUGCAACAUUAAUGAACAACAGACAGUAAAAAAAUUAAAAUUCUAAUUUCUGUUUACUCCUGUUUUUAGGUAGGCAUGUGUGUAAUUUUAUCUUUUUAUCUUCUCUCCUAUAUAUUUAACACAACUGACAACUUUACAAGGCCUUUGACACAUUUGUGUAGAUGGCCUCUUUAAUCUCCAAAACAAAGCAAUGAAAAAAAAUCAGUAAUCAGAAGUAUACACAUCACCUGAAAUUUGGCACUGUUAAACAUCCUUUUUGCACUAUUAUGAUAUAAUAAUUCUCUGACACAGCUUGAUGUUGCUGCUGCAUCCAUAAGACUACCCUGACAACCUCGCGAACAUGGUCCGACCUCGAAACCAUUCCUGACAGCAUCAAGGGAGUUAGUAGAUUUGUUGAGCUCUCAUUGUUUGCUUUUCUUUCACUGCUAUGCACCUCAUCACAGACCAUGUAACCAGGUUCAGCGUUGACAUGUGGUCUCACAGCUGACCCAGCCUUUCGCUAUAUUGUGGAGCCCUACAAACAGGAGACUCUGCAUGGUUAUUGAUGCUCUUUCUUGGAAAACAUUUUUUUGUCCAGCUAUUUGAAAUCUAUGGAAUUUAUGUUAUGAAAUUAAUUAGACCUCCAGCCAAAUUUCACUGAGCAUAUUUCAAAUUCAAGUUCAGACAAAUUAUAAUACAACCAUUUCUGCAGCUGACACUUUGUGCCCUUUUUUGCAUGCCUGACUGUAAGUAAAUCGUUUCUGUAAACUGUAGAUAUUUUUACUAAAUCAUGUCAUAGCCAGAAAUUAACAAAAAGUAAUUAAAGAACAAAGUAUUACGGGGUAAAGAAAAGAAAGGAGAUAAAAAAAAAUUCCCAGAACAAUCUGUACAUCUCGUUUACCAUCAGUGCUUUAACGACAAACAAAAACAUGCAGUUAGCAGCUGUCUGCCCAGCACAGUGUUGAAAAUGUUGCAACCAGCCCAGACAAAUGAUUAAUUAGAAGUGCCAAAGAUCAAAAUUUCAGGUGCUGAUGUCUACGCCAGGGCAACAAAUCUAAAGCCAAAACCAAACUGAAGCUAGACGCUCCCAGAUGGUCCUGCUAAUCCUCUGGGAAGAAAUUAGUGGAAUGCCUUCAAGGUAACCCUUCCCAAACACACAACUUAAAAAGAAAUAAUUAAUGGAAUUAUAUACAACUUUGAGGUUUCACAUUUUAUUUAAAAGCAAUUCAAACACUGAAUGACAAGGCAUUUUGUACAUAUACUAUAUUUGGUCAAGGUGCAUCUCAACAGGAUUAUGAUUGAAAAAUGUAUUCAUGUCAAUAAUUCUAUUUAGAUGCGAUUACAAAAAGAAUAUUUUAUACAUAAACAUGUAUUUCUGUUUAUUCUACUGAAUAAUGUGGCCAUGUAGUCAAACAUAUUAGUGGAAAAUUUAGUGUAAGGAAAAAGUGACAUAGAAAGCAAGCACAAGCAUGAAUUUAAGUUUCAAAGUUUCACUUUUUAAACGGCAUUACAGAAUAAAUAAAUGUUUGGAUGAUAUUCUAAUUUGCUGACAAGCAACUUUAUGCAGAAAAAUAAGAUUAAAAUCCAAAGUGGGAAAAUAUAUCCAGCUUAUCUUCUUUUAUAUAUCAAUCUACACAUGUAACAGUUCAUAGCUACUCUAUUACAUUAAUCAUUUAGCUUAUUUUGCAGUUUUCAGCGAUUUACAACAGUGUCCUAUUUUGGUGUAAUUAAACACUUCUCAGUUCCAUGUUACAUUUUCUAAGCUAGUAAGCGCAUGCCUUAUGUGUUUUUAUAAUCAUUAAGUGUAAUUUUAAGCUUUUCAGAUGCCCGGACAUUCAUAUGGUACUUCUCCAGUAACCUAUUUAUUGUGCACUGGUUGUGUCAUUCUUGUUCUUUAUAUGGUACAUUCAGCAGAAGGCAUGAGAACACGUUCUUGUAUAGAACAUGAAGAGGUGGAUGAUGACAUUAAGUUUACCCUUAUGUUUUGGAUUAGAUUCACUUAAAAGUUGAAGUGGAUUUUUUUCAAAUAUUUGUCUGUCCUGAAGAUAUGUGUUCCAUGUCAUCAAAAUGUGAUUUAAUGUAUUGGCUACAUGAGAAAGUGCUGGCAACGCGAUUCUAUCAAAACAUUUCAAAACAUAACUGUUUAAAAAACCUGGAGGGAUGCCAUACCUGAGGUAACAGACAAGAAACUGAUUCUAAAAUUUCCUGAAUGCACUAUAUUGUCAGGGUUUUGCAACAAGUAGCUGUCAUGAAUGUGCUUUUAUGGUAUCAUGUCAUGUGUCAUACAGGGGUGAAAUGAAGGCAUUAACUGUGUAUUACACACAUCUACAAGCCCUGAGAAUGCACGUGGAAACUUUUAAUACAAACAUGGUUUUAUCAGACGGGGGCAAUACUGUUUGUAUUUUUAAUUUCUAAAAGAACAUAGUUGGUAAGUGCCCACUGUACUGCAUAUUGACAACGCUCUUUGUAUAUGCUACAGUAAAUGUUUAUAUUGAUCACUUUAUUGUGUGUUCUGGUGUUCAUACACUUUUCAAAGAAAUCUCUUGUAUGGUUUAUAACCUUUAUGACCUGUGUUUUUCAACGUAGUUUUUUCUAAUAUGUAAAGUUCCAUCACACUCUGAAGUCAAUUAAAAGACGUUCGACUCUAAA